AUGUUACCCGUUUUCCCUGUUCCCCCUUUUCCCUGCCCCCCCUUUUUCCCUGACCCCUUUUUCCCUGUCCCCCUGUUUCCUUGUCCCCCCUUUUUCCUGUUCCCUCUUUUCCCUACCCCUUUUUUCCCUGUUCGCCCUUUUCCCUGUUCCCCUCUUUCCCUGUCCCCCCUUUUCCCUAUCCCCCCCUUUCCCUGUUCCCCCUUUUCCCUGUCCCCUUUUUUUCCUGUCCCCCAUUUUUUCCUGUUCCCCUUUUCCCCUGUUCCCCGUUUUCCAUGUCCCCCAUUUUCCUUGUCCUCUUUUCCCCUGUUCCCCUUUUCCCCCGUUCCCCCUUUCCCCUGUUCCCCUUUUCCCCUGUUCCUCCUUUUCCCUGUUCCCCCCUUUCCCUGUCCCACCUUUCCCCUAUCCCGCCUUUCCCCCGCCCCCCUACUCCCUGCUGUAUUCCCCCUAUUCCCCGUUCCCACUUUCCCCUGUUCCCUGGCCCCGUGCGCCAGGGCUGCCUUUCCCAGCUACGAGUAACAUCCGCUGCUGCCAUUUGCCUCCCUUGUUCAGCUAUGCCUUCUUCCCUCGUCACCCCAUUCUCCCUCCUCCCGUUCUUCCCCCCACCCGCUCAUAG